CCUCCACCUCCAUCCCAUUCAGCCAUAGUAGCCAUAUCCUGGUCCCUGGCACCAAGAUGGAUGCUUUGGCACAAAUGCACUUCACUACUAUCGACUAUGUCAUAUUUGCCCUCUUGCUGGCGGCAUCCAUGGGCAUAGGGCUGUACUACGCCCUGUCAGGGGGUCGGCAGCGCACCACUCAGGAGUUCCUGCUGGCGGACCGGAGCAUGAGCUGCCUCCCUGUGUCCCUGUCACUAAUCGCUACAUUUCAAUCAGCGGUGGCUAUAGUGGGUGUGCCAGCAGAGAUCUAUACCCAUGGCACUCAGUACUGGUUCAUAGGCUGUGCUUACAUCCUGGGGCUAUUCAUUCCAGCACACAUUUUCAUUCCUGUGUUCUACAGGCUGCAUCUUACCAGCGCUUACCAGGUACGUACUCUAGGCUAUUCUCUCUGCAAGCUUAGCUCCGGAAGGAGAGAAAUGUUUGGAAUUAGAAUGUGUAGGGUAAUACCAGUUGAAAUGUAUAGGCCCAGCUGUUAAACCCUGCUAAGUCGUUUCCAUAGUUUUGGUUUCUUGCAGAGAAAUAAGUGCUGAAUAUACUGCUGUGCACAUCAUUUAGUGAUGGUCUUUUUCUUUUCAGUAUCUGGAACUGCGGUUCAGCAAACCAGUGCGUAUCUGUGGAACAGUUACCUUCAUCUUUCAGACGGUAAGGUCCUUACCAGAUGCAAUAUAAAGACCAAAACAAGGAGAAGAUUGUUGAUUAUCAGUUUUUCCUCUGAUGACUACUGCUAUCUCUUGCAGGUCAUCUAUAUGGCUGUUUGUGUGUACACUCCAGCCCUAGCACUCAAUGCAGGUCAGUCACUCAGGCUCUUUUAUGCUUUUAGGAUUUACAGACAGUGAUAAGACUUUAUGGGCGGUUUAUGGCCAGUUUCCCAGACAAAGAUUAAGAAGUACAGAACUAAAAAGCAUUCUCAAUGGACAUUCUCCGUUAAAAUAGCUUUUUAGUCCAGAGCUGUGUUCGAAUACUCAGACUAAACGCACUAACCAUACUAUUUGUGACGUAAAUUUUGUAUUUAUUUUAUUUAUUUUACCUUUAUUUAACCAGGUAAACCAGUUGAGAACAAGUUCUCAUUUACAACUGCGACCUGGCCAAGAUAAAGCAAAGCAGUGUGAUAAAAACAACAACACAGAGUUACAUUUGGGGUAAAACAAAACAAAGUCAAAAAUACAACAGAAAUACAUAUAUAUACAGUGUGUGCAAAUGUAGCAAGUUAUGGAGGUAAGGCAAUAAAUAGGCUAUAGUGCAAAAUAAUUACAAUUAGUAUUAACACUGGAAUGAUAGAUGUGCAAGAGAUGAUGUGCAAAUAGAGAUACUGGGGUACAAAUGAGCAAAAUAAAUAACGAUAUAGGGAUGAUGUAGUUGGGCGGGCUAAUUUCAAAUGGGCUGUGUACAGGUGCAGUGAUCGGUAAGGUGCUCUGACAACUGAUGCUUAAAGUUAGUGAGGGAGAUAAGUGUCUCCAGCUUCAGAGAUUUUUGCAAUUUGUUCCAGUCAUUGGCAGCAGAGAACUGGAAGGAAUGGCGGCCAAAGGAGGUGUUGGCUUUGGGGAUGACCAGUGAGAUAUACCUGCUGGAGCGCAGACUACGGGUGGGUGUUGCUAUGGUGACCAAUGAGCUAAGAUAAGGCGGGGAUUUGCCUAGCAGUGAUUUAUAGAUGGCCUGGAGCCAGUGGGUUUGGCGACGAAUAUGUAGUGAGGACCAGCCAACAAGAGCGUACAGGUCACAGUGGUGGGUAGUAUAUGGGGCUUUGGAGACUAAACGGAUGGCACUGUGAUAGACUACAUCCAAUUUGCUGAGUAGAGUGUUGGAGGCUAUUUUGUAAAUGACAUCGCCGAAGUCAAGGAUCGGUAGGAUAGUCAGCUUUACGAGGGCAUGUUUGGCAGCAUGAGUGAAGGAGACUUUGUUGCGAAAUAGGAAACCGAUUCUAGAUUUAACUUUGGAUUGGAGAUUCUUAAUGUGAGUCUGGAAGGAGAGUUUACAGUCUAACCAGACACCUAGAUAUUUGUAGUUGUCCACAUACUCUAGGUCAGACCCGUCGAGAGUAGUGAUUCUAGUCGGGUGGGCGGGUGCAAGCAGCGUUCGGUUGAAGAGCAUGCAUUUAGUUUUACUAGUGUUUAAGAGCAGUUGGAGGCUACUGAAGGAGUGUUGUAUGGCAUUGAAGCUCGUUUGGAGGUUUGUUAACACAGUGUCCAAUGAAGGGCCAGAUGUAUACAAAAUGGUGUCGUCUGCGUAGAGGUGGAUCUGAGAGUCACCAGCAGCAAGAGCGACGUCAUUGAUAUACACAGAGAAAAGAGUCGGCCCAAGAAUUGAACCCUGUGGCACCCCCAUAGAGACUGCCAUAGGUCCAGACAACAGGCCCUCCGAUUUGACACAUUGAACUCUAUCUGAGAAGUAGUUGGUGAACCAGGCGAGGCAGUCAUUUGAGAAACCAAGGCUAUUUAGUCUGCCAAUAAGAAUGCGGUGGUUGACAGAGUCGAAAGCCUUGGCCAGGUCAAUGAAAAUGGCUGCACAGUACUGUCUAUUAUCGAUUGCGGUUAUAAUAUCGUUUAGGACCUUGAGCGUGGCUGAGGUGCACCCAUGACCAGCUCGGAAACCGGAUUGCAUAGCGGAGAAGGUACGGUGGGAUUCGAAAUGGUCGGUGAUCUGUUUGUUGACUUGGCUUUCAAAAACUUUUGAAAGGCAGGGCAGGAUGGAUAUGGGUCUGUAACAGUUUGGAUCUAGAGUGUCACCCCCUUUGAAGAGGGGGAUGACCGCGGCAGCUUUCCAAUCUCUGGGGAUCUCAGACGUUACGAAAGAGAGAUUGAACAGGCUAGUAAUAGGGGUUGCGACAAUUUCGGCGGCUAGUUUUAGAAAGAAAGGGUCCAGAUUGUCUAGCCCAGAUGAUUUGUAGGGGUCCAGAUUUUGCAGCUCUUUCAGAACAUCAGCUGUCUGGAUUUGUGUGAAGGAGAAGCGGGGGGGGCAUGGGCAAGUUGCAGCGGAGGGUGCAGAGCUGGUGGCCGGGGUAGUGGUAGCCAGGUGGAAAGCAUGGCCAGCCGUAGCAAAAUGCUUGUUGAAAUUCUCGAUUAUUGUAGAUUUAUCGGUGGUGAUAGUGUUUCCUAGCCUCAGUGCAGUGGGCAGCUGGGAGGAAGUGCUCUUAUUUUCCAUGGACUUUACAGUGUCCCAAAACUUUUUGGAGUUCGUGCUACAGGAUGCAAAUUUCUGUUUGAAAAAGUUAGCCUUUGCUUUCCUAACUGCUUGUGUAUAUUGGUUCCUAACUUCCCUGAAAAGUUGCAUAUCGCGGGGGCUAUUUGAUGCUAAUGCAGUACGCCACAGGAUGUUUUUGUGCUGGUCAAGGGCAGUCAAGUCUGAGGAGAACCAGGGGCUAUAUCUGUUCUUAGUUCUGUAUUUUUUGAAUGGGGCAUGUUUAUUUAAGAUUGAGAGGAAAUUACUUUUAAAGAACAACCAGGCAUCCUCUACUGACGGAAUGAGAUCUAUAUCCAUCCAGGAUACCUGGGCCAGGUCAAUUAGGAAGGCCUGCUCGCUGAAGUGUUUUUGGGAGCGUUUGACAGUGAUGAGGGGUGGUCGUUUGACCGCGGACCCGUUACGGACGCAGGCAAUAAGGCAGUGAUUGCUGAGAUCCUGGUUGAAGACAGCUGAGGUGUAUUUAGAGGGUAAGUUAGUCAGGAUGAUAUCUAUGAGGGUACCCAUGUUUACGGAUUUAGGGUUGUACCUGGUAGGCAUACCUGGUAUGCUUAUUGGUCAUAGUAUGGAUAUAGUUAGUAUGCCAAUCGUUCCCGGAUGUCGUACUACAUUCGCCAAAAUACGAAGUAUACAAGCAGUGGACACUAUUUCGGUGCUUUUAGGGCCCAUAAUGCGAUUCUUCUGAAAAUGUGUGUGGCUUCACAACGUUUUCAGAUUUGAAGAAAAUAUCGGAAAAUAUGCAGCCGAAGUCCAACGAGAGGGGAUACAAAUUCAUUGCUUUAACUAAUAAUGACAAAUGUUAAGAAAAAUUGAGCAAUGUAAUAAAGUAAUGACUUUUCAAAUAAGUUACACGCUAUGUUGGCUGACAAUUUGUUAGCUACGCUAUCCUUACGAACCGCAUAGCAUAUCAUUACAGCAGUAUGUACCGGUAUGUUAGCUAGCUACCUACCUAACGUUAGUUGGCUACUAAUACAUCGAACUUGCCAGUAUAUUAACUAUAUGCUAUCUAACUAACUACCCAACGUUUAUUGACUUGAUUAUUCACGUCAUUCUUAGCACUCUGGCACUCCAGAUUGAAUUUACCAACACACCGAAAUCGAUUUUGUGUUACGCUAACAAGCUAGCAAGAGCAUCAACUUCCUGUAGACAGACAUAGCGCUAGUACGCACAACUGAAAGGAUACCGUUCGUUUACAGUAUACUAAAAUUAACUAAUAGUAUGUAGUAUAUACUUAUUACGUAUGUAGUAUACAGUAUGUUAGUAUGGGUAUUUGAACACAGCUCAGGACUACUAGGCUUAAUGUGUGUCUGGGAAACUGGCCCUACGGGUCUAACACUCUUGACAAAAAAACUAGGAAAUAAUGUGUUGGGACUACACCAUUUCAGCUCCAGAAAUGGUACUGUGUUUUGUGCCUUGAGUAGGUUAUUUAGAAUUGUGCAAUAUGUUGGAGUAAAGGUUGCUUAAUUUUGUUUCAUGCUUCCCCAUAGUUACUGGCUUUAAUUUAUGGGGAGCAGUGCUGGCAACUGGACUGGUGUGUACACUGUAUACAACUCUGGUAAGUUGUUCAUAGUCAUUUUCAGAGUUUGAAAUGAAGCUGUUACUACACAAGGGUAAAAAAAAGAACUGCAAAUAUUACAUAAUUAAAAGACUUACACAACAUUUACCCAUGAAAAACGUUUUGUGUAAUGUUGACAUUAUGAAAUGUAAUUCCCGAAGUAAAAUGUUUCUUAAAAUCUUUCGAUAUCACAUCAGCCAUUAUUAGCUUGAAGCCUAUACAGUGCCUUGCAAAAGUAUUAAUCCACUUUGGCGUUUUUCCUAUUUUGUUCCAUUACAUCCUGUAAUUUAAAUUGAUUUUUAUUUGGAUUUCAUGUAAUCGACAUACACAAAAUAGUCCAAAUUGGUGAAGUGAAAUGAAAAAAAUAACUGGUUUCAAAGGCCCCAGAGUCUGCAACACCACUAAGCAAGGGGCACCACUAAGCAAGCGGCACCAUGAAGACCAAGGAGCUCUCCAAACAGGUCAGGGACAAAGUUGUGGAGAAGUACAGAUUAGGAUUUGGUUAUAAAAUAAAUAUCUGAAACUUUGAACAUCCCACGGAGCACUAUUAAAUCCAUUAUUAAAAAAUGGAAAGAAUGUGGCACCACAACAAACCUGCCAAGAGAGGGCCGCACACCAAAACUCACGGACCAGGCAAGGAGGGCAUUAAUCAGAGAGGCAACAAAGAGACCAAAGAUAACCCUGAAGGAGCUGCAAAGCUCCACAGGACCAAUUUAAGGGCCAUGGGACCACUUUAAGCCGUACAGUCCACAGAGCUGGGCUUUACGGAAGAGUGGCCAGAAAAAAGCCAUUGCUUAAAAAAAAGAAAUAAGCAAACACAUUUGGUGUUCGCCAAAAGUCAUGUGGGAGACUCCCCAAACAUAUGGAAGAAGGUACUCUGGUCAGAUGAGACUAAAAUUGAGCUUUAUGGCCAUCAAGGAAAACGCUAUGUCUGGCGCAAACUCAACACCUCUCAUCACCCCGAGAACACCAUCCCCACAGUAAAGCAUGGUGGUGGCAGCAUCCCGAGUGGCGCAGUGGUCUAAGGCACUGCAUCGCAGUGCUAGCUGUGCCACUAGAGAUCCUGGUUCGAAUCCAGGCUCUGUCGCAGCCGGCCGCGACCGGGAGACCCAUGGGGCAGCACAAAAUUGGCCCAGCGUCGUCUAGGGUAGGGGAGGGAAUGGCCGGCAGGGGAUGUAGCUCAGUUCGUAGAGCAUGGCGUUUGCAACGCCAGGGUUGUGGGUUCGUUUCCCACGGGGGGUAUAGAAUUGAAAAGCAUGAUGGAUGGCGCUAAAUACAGGGAAAUUCUUGAGGGAAACCUGUUUCAGUCUUCCAGAUAUUUGAGACUGGGACGGAGGUGGGAGGGGGGGAAUGAAUAGUUAUGCAAGCUCAGGUUUUCUGUUUUUCUGUCUUAUUUCUUGUUUGUUUCACAAUAAAAAAUAUUUUGCAUCUUCAAAGUGGUAGGCAUGUUGUUUAAAUCAAAUGAUACAAACCCCCCAAAAAUCCAUUUUAAUUCCAGGUUGUAAGGCAGCAAAAUAGGAAAAAUGCCAAGGGUGGUGAAUAAUUUCGCAAGCCAGUUCAUUCGACUCGUUUUAGGAAACUAGGCGUUAUGUCACACGUCACUACUUCACAGGAGAGCCAUUUGAAUGUAAACUUUUUUCUCUACUUUUGGUGGCCUUAACUUCAAUUUGGUUUGCAAUUAUAAUAUUGACAAAGUUCCAGUGAAACUGUGCUUUUCAUCGGCAGGUUUUCUUUUCAUGGUCCUUAAUUUAUAAGCAUAGUUUUUCUCCACACAGAUAUUAUAUAUGGAAUAACCGGGACAUAUUUUACAAAAAUACUUCGUUUUUAAAAUAUUGGUUUCCAAAAUAAUAUCCUAUUGGUGAGACAACUUGUAAAUGCAGAGGGUCUUUUACUUAAUUAUGAGGAAUUAUUAUCAUUUUUACAAGAUCCCUGUAACACCUAAAGAUUUUGCAAUUGUUUUAGAUGCCAUUCCCUCAGGUGUUGCUUUAUUAUUCAGGAACGUGUCAAGACCCUCAGAACACACCUACGAUUAACCCUGUUGACUCAUCAGUAGGAAAGAUGUGUUUUUCUUUUAGUCCAUUCAACAACAAUAGAGCAAUACGAGCCUUGUUUCAACAGGAUGUUGUAUCUCUCUACCUUAUGUCAUGCCUUAUUGGAAUGGUUUUAUUGAUAAUAUCUGUUGGAAACAAGUUUGGAUGUUGCCACACAUAGACCUACUUAUUAACACAAUUUAAGGAAGUUUAUUUGAAAAAUAUUCAUAAAUAUUAUCCUGCCAACCACUAUAUGAAGAAGUUUAAUAAAAACAUAAAUUCAAAUUGUACCUUUUGUAAUGACCACCCAGAAACAUUGUAUUCAUGUAAGGAAUCUGUGGCAAGACAUCAGUAGAUUUAUAAUUGAACGCAUUUAUGAAGAUUUUACACUAUUAUGGAAAGAUGUACUGCUUGGAUUCUUUACUUACGAUAGAAAUAAGUUGAAACAAUUUUAUGUAAUUAAUUUCAUUAUUCUUUCGGCCAAAUUUCAUAUUCACAAAUGUAAAGUUACAAACAGAACACCACAUUUGCUUACCUUAAAAAAAUAAAUUUCACUAUAUUUUAAGACAAUUAUAUACUUUGCCAACAAAAAAUCUUUGGAGGGAGUUGAAAGUCUGUGUUGCCCAGCGACAGCCCCAAAACAUCACUGCUCUAGAGGAGAUCUGCAUGGAGGAAUGGGCCAAAAUACCAGCAACAGUGUGUGAAAACCUUGUGAAGACUUACAGAAAACGUUUGACCUGUGUCAUUGCCAACAAAGGGUAUAUAACAAAGUAUUGAGAAACUUUUGUUAUUGACCAAAUACUUAUUUUCCACCAUAAUUUGCAAAUAAAUUCAUAAAAAAUCCUACAAUGUGAUUUUCUGGAUUUUUUUUCUCAUUUUGUCUGUCAUAGUUGACGUGUACCUAUGAUGAAAAUUACAGGCCUCUCUCAUAUUUUUAAGUGGGAGAACUUGCACAAUUGGUGGCUGACUAAAUACUUUUUUCCCCCACUGUACCUAUGAUGAAAAUUACAGGCCUCUCUCAUCUUUUUAAGUGGGAGAACUUGCACAAUUGGUGGCUGACUAAAUACUUUUUUCCCCCACUGUAUAUUCUUUAUAUAUACUUGUGUUCCCCCAGGUACUUUUUGUAUUGAUUUGUUGUUAAUAAAAUACAAGUUUAAAUAAGGAAACAAAUAAAAUAAAUAUAAAAAUGAAUGAUAAAAUGGGUUUAAAAAAAGUAACAGUUUUAAAAAAGGUUUUUGGGCAUAAAUGCCUUCUGGGACAUGGCAACUUUCAUGUGCCUUAAUAACAAACUUGUAUGCCAUCUGUAAAUACGAAUAAAAUGGUUAAAUUACAAGCCUAGUUGGUUUAGCCACGGAAGAAAGACAGGAACCUUCCCGCUAGUCAUGAUUGGCACAAAUAAUGGGUGGGCUGCACAUGCCGAGAGAUGAGUUCGGAUUGGUCUGCCAUGUAUCACGCUUCUGUCUAUAACAUGAGCUGGUCAGUAUGUGUAGGUAAUCCUUUCUAACGCUGCUUUUUUGGAAAGAUAUCACAUAGUAGAACUGCAAAAGUGUUGCUCUCCACUUUCUGGAGGACCGAGUUUUGAAAUCAGUGGAAUGCCCGGUGGAAUUAGAGUAUGAUAGCUAAAGAGAUGGAGAAAAUUCUGCUGUUUGAUUGCAAAUAUGCAGAGGGAGUCGAAAAGAGAACACACAGAAGGCUGUUGUAUAAAACAUCUGUCUCCGGAUUAACAUUACAUUUUCAAACUAAGUGCAACCAUGGUAUCCGUGACAGAGAAGGAGAAGUGUCCAUCCAUGUAUACGGGUAAAAUAGUCUAGCUAGCUACAUUUUCAGAUAUUACACAUUUCUAAUUUUGUCAAAGUCGUUUUCAUUUCAAGUUAAAGCAUAAUGUUAACUAGCUAGCUAACGUUAGCUGGCUGGCUCACUAGCUAACGUUACGUGUAUGAUCUGACUGUGUAGUAAUAUUAUUCGUAUCUCAGGGCCAUUUGCAUUGCUAGUUAUAGCCUAAUGUUAGCUAGCUAGCUAACAUUGAACUUGGUUGGUUAGUUACCUGCAGAUUCAUGCAGGGUAGGAACGUUAUGAGUUCGGAUUAUGGUUAAUCGUUUAGCUAGCUAGCUACAUGUCUAAACAAAAGACUCCACUAUGCAAGUAACCAUUUCAAUAGAAUGUUCAUGGUGUCACUGCGACAACUGUCGAUAGAUGUAGCUGGUAAAUUCGCUUGGAAUAACUGACGAAUUUACAAACGCUCAACACCUGUUGAAUAUGGCCGGUGUCAGUAAACGUUGGCAAAAAAGCGUAAUUAAAUUGUUGCCAGCAGCACAGUAAGUCCCCAAUGCUCUAGAUAACAUAAAAACAGCCUAACCAGCUCUGCUAGGGCGAGUAAAAUGGUCAGAGUGAGCUGUUCUCUCAUUUGUGUCUAGAAGUAGCUAGCCAACGUUAUUCAUUUAGCUUGGGUGCUUGACUGCUGUUGUUAGGUCAGAACGUUCCAGAACCCCUACUCCUCGGCCAGAGUGUCCAGGGCGCGCUCAACACUCCGAGAGCAAAAUGCUCUGAAUUUACAAACGGACAAUCUGAGAACGCACUGAGUUUAUGAACGCCCAGAGCGCACUCUGGCACUCCAGAUCAAAUGUAUGAACACACCCGUAGUAUAAACCAGCCUUUAGUCUUGAAAUCUUUGGUUGUUUUAGUACAUUGCCUCACAUGUGAAUCCUUAAAGAGAUGGGUGGGGCUAAGGCUUAAGAGGGUGUGAACGAUGCUGAACGGGUGUAGACAAAGAAGAGGUCUCCAGUAGGUUUACCAAAACAUUAAAGGGCCAUUUUCUCAAAAGUGAAGUUACUAGAUUAUCAACAUUCAAAGCAGAAUUACUUUCUCAAUGUUCCUCAUCUGUAGUGUAUGAUAUACCAUUUUCUAGCUCUGAGUCACUCUACUUUUAUCCAAUGUAAAAAACACAAUUUCGAAUUUUGCUACAUAAUCCCGAAUCGAGCCGGUCGGUCACAUAUUUUUUAAUUUUAUUUAUUUCACCUUUAUUUAACCAGGUAAGCCAGUUGAGAACAAGUUCUCAUUUACAACUGCGACCUGGCCAAGAUAAAGCAAAGCAGUGCGAUUAAAAACAACAACACAGAGUUACAUAUGGGGUAAAACAAACAUAAAGUCAAAAAUACAACAGAAAAUAUAUAUACAGUGUGUGCAAAUGUAGCAAGUUAUGGAGGUAAGGCAAUAAAUAGGCUAUAGUGCAAAAUAAUUACAAUUAGUAUUAACACUGGAAUGCUAGAUGUGCAAGAGAUUAUGUGCAAAUAGAGAUACUGGGGUGCAAAAUAAAUAACAAUAUAGGGAUGAGGUAGUUGGGUGGGCUAAUUUCAAAUGGGCUGUGUACAGGUGCAGUGAUCGGUAAGGUGCUCUGACAACUGAUGCUUAAAGUUAGUGAGGGAGAUAAGUCUCCAGCUUCAGAGAUUUUUGCAAUUCGUUCCAGUCAUUGGCAGCAGAGAACUGGAAGGAAUGGCGGCCAAAGGAGGUGUUGGCUUUGGGGAUGACCAGUGAGAUAUACCUGCUGGAGCGCAGACUACGGGUGGGUGCUGCUAGGGUGACCAAUGAGCUAAGAUAAGGCGGGGAUUUGCCUAGCAGUGAUUUAUAGAUGGCCUGGAGCCAGUGGGUUUGAAGACGAACAUGUAGUGAGGACCAGCCAACAAGAGCGUACAGGUCACAGUGGUCGGUAGUGUAUGGGGCUUUGGAGACUAAACGGAUGGCACUGUGAUAGACUACAUCCAAUUUGCUGAGUAGAGUGUUGGAGGCUAUUUUGUAAAUGACAUCGCCGAAGUCGAGGAUCGGUAGGAUAGUCCGUUUUACGAGGGCAUGUUUGGCAGCAUGAGUGAAGGAGGCUUUGUUGCGAAAUAGGAAGCCGAUUCUAGAUUUAACUUUGGAUUGGAGAUUCUUAAUGUGAGUCUGGAAGGAGAGUUUACAGUCUAACCAGACACCUAGGUAUUUGUAGUUGUCCACAUACUCUAGGUCAGACCCGUCGAGAGUAGUGAUUCUAGUCGGGUGGGCGGGUGCCAGCAGCGUUCGAUUGAAGAGCAUGCAUUUAGUUUUACUAGUGUUUAAGAGCAGUUGGAGGCUACUGAAGGAGUGUUGUAUGGCAUUGAAGCUCGUUUGGAGGUUUGUUAACACAGUGUCCAAUGAAGGGCCAGAUGUAUACAAAAUGGUGUCGUCUGGGUAGAGGUGGAUCUGAGAGUCACCAGCAGCAAAAACGACAUCAUUGAUAUACACGGAGAAAAGAGUCGGCCCAAGAAUUGAACCCUGUGGCACCCCCAUAGAGACUGCCAUAGGUCCAGACAACAGCCCUCCUAUUUGACACAUUGAACUCUAUCUGAGAAGUAGUUGGUAAACCAGGUAAGGCAGUCAUUUGAGAAACCAAGGCUAUUUAGUCUGCCAAUAAGAAUGCGGUGGUUGACAGAGUCGAAAGCCUUGGCCAGGUCGAUGAAGACGGCUGCACAGUACUGUCUAUUAUCGAUUAUAUGAUAAUAGGCUCUGUGAUUGUGUCUCUGUGUGUUGUGCCUGGUCCUGACAGGGAGGCCUGAAGGCAGUGAUCUGGACAGAUGUCUUCCAGACCUUAGUGAUGUUUGCAGGCCAGCUAGCGGUCAUCGUGGUGGGGGUCCAGCAGACUGGGGGGGUGGCAGAGGUCUGGAGGAAGGUCUCAGAGGGGAACCGCAUCUCUGGCAUAGAGUGAGUGGACUGGUCACUAUUUUCAUGUAUUCAAGCGAUGACUGGCAAUCUAGUUUAAAGUUGGGUUUUGAGGACAUCUUAAAUCCCAUGUUCCAAUUCCAGUGUUCCAGUUCUAAUAUUCCAAUUAGAUGUUCACCCUCUUGACAUGUCUGUUCUCCAGCCUGAACCCUGACCCUACGAUGGAGUACACGUUCUGGACCCUGGGGGUGGGGGGGGUCUUCCUGAUGUUGUCUCUGUACGGGGUCAACCAGGCCCAGGUUCAGAGAUACCUCAGCGCCAAGACCGAGAGGGAUGCCGUCAUGUAAGACCAUAGAGAUACAUCAAUUAGAGAGAGAUAAGGUCCAUGUAUUACGUUUUAUAACUUGUUAAUAUACUAUUACCAUGUUAUUAGCACUUUAUUUUAUGCAUGCAAGUUACUUUACAGCUCUGCUCAAACAAAAUGUAUAUUAGAAGAAGUGUUAUUUUCCUCCUCUGGUGGAUUGUGAUUCCUCUGUGUUUUCUGCAGGUCUUGCUACAUGGUGUUUCCCUUUCUACAGUUAGCUCUAGCUCUGAGCUGUGUCAUGGGGCUGGUCAUGUUCGCACGCUACUGUGGGGAGGACAAUUUCCACAAUCUAGGUGUCUUAUCAAAAAAUGAGGUCAGUAGGUGUGUGUGUGUGUUUUGGUCAUCUGGAGUGCAUCAUUACAGUAUUAAAGUAUUAUAGUUUGUGGAUGAAGUAAUAUGCCACUUAGCAGUCAGCAGCAGAUGCUUUUAUCCAAAAUGGCGGACAGUACAGUGUUGUGACGUGACUUGGAUUCAUGUGAUGACUGUUAUUUAUCGAAUCAACUAACUAUAUUUAAUGUCACUCGAUUAAAUUAAUCAUGUAACAAUUAACUCAUUAGGAAUUUGGGGCACCACAGAAUAAGUUGUUUAACGAGUUACCAUCUCCCGAAUUAAACUCUUAGAAGAGAUAUAUAUAUAUAUAUAUAUAUGUGUGUUAUAUAUCGAUAACAGUCACUUAUUAAAUCAUUACCUGGUCCUCUGUAGCUCAGCUGGUAGAGCACGGCGCUUGUAACGCCAAGGUAGUGGGUUCGAUCCCCGGGACCACCCAUACACAAAAAAAUUUAUGCACGCAUGAUUACUCAUCAGUCUCAUUCUGAACGUCGCAUAAUCCUUGAACCUGCAAGAACCCUAACUUUGGUGGAGAAUCUCUUUUAUAAAUUGGGUUAAAAUCAUGUGUAGUAACCCUAGGAGUAAAAUAGUAAAUUAUGGCUAUUUCUCAGAAAGUUUUAAACUGUCAAGAGGAGUGAAACAAGGUUGUCCACUAUCGGCAUAUCUAUUUAUUAUGGCCAUCGAGAUGUUAGCCAUUAAAAUCAGAUCCAACAAUAAUAUCAAGGGAUUAGAAAUCCAGGGCUUAAAAACAAAGGUGUCAUUGUAUGCUGAUGAUUCAUGUUUUCUUUUAAAUACACAACUUGAAUCCCUCCACAGCCUCAUAGAGGAUCUAGAUACAUUUUCUAACCUCUCUGGAUUACAACCAAAUUAUGAUAAAUGUACUAUAUUACGUAUUCGAUGACUAAGAAAUACAUUUUUUACAUUACCAUGUAGUUUACCAAUAAAAUGGUCUGAUGGUGAUGUGGAUAUACUCGGAAUACAUAUCCCAAAUGAAAUAAAUGAUCUCACUCCAAUACAUUUUAAUAGAAAGCUAGCAAAAAUAGAUAAGAUCUUGCUACCAUGGAAAGGUAAAUACCUUUCAAUUUGUGGAAAAAUCACCCUGAUUAACUCUUUAGUAUUAUCCCAGUUUACCUAUUUGCUUAUGGUCUUGCCUACGCCUAGCGAACAGUUUUUUAAAUUAUAUGAGACAUUUCUUUUAUUUGGAACGGCAAGCCAGACAAAAUUAAAUGGGCCUAUUUAUAUAAUGAAUAUGAAUUUGGAGGACAGAAAUUAUUAAAUAUUAAAGCAUUAGACAUAUCACUAAAAGCUUCAGUCAUACAAAAGUUAUACUUAAAUCCGAACUGGUUCUCUAGCAAAUUAGUAAGAUUGUCUCACCCAAUGUUCAAGAAUGGCCUUUUUCCCUUUAUUCAGAUUACAACCUCUCACUUUCAGUUAUUUGAAAAGGAAAUAAUCUCCCAAAUAUCAGUAUUUCUAAAACAAGCCAUAGAAAGUUGGUUGCAAUUUCAAUGUAAUCCUCCAGAAACGACAGAACAAAUAAUGCAACAAAUAUUGUGGUUAAACCCAAAUAUACUAAUUAAUAAAAACCCUUUAUAUAUAUAUAUAUACUUUGUAAAUUAUAUCAUCGGUAGGACUGGUGGAGUUAUGUCGCACAUGCAGCUAACAAAAACAUAUGGAAAUAUCUGCUCUACCCAAAAUUACAACCGAAUAAUUGCAGCAUUACCGCAAAAAUGGAAGAGGAAAGUGGAAGGGGGUAAAAGUAAGGAACUUGUCUGUCGGCCCUGCAUUAAAGAACAUAAUUGGUUAAAGAAAACUGUGAUAAAUAAAAAAGUAUACCAGUUUCAUUUAAGGACCAAAAGAUUGACAGCCGUCCCAUAUAGAUUGCAAAAUAGUUGGGAAGAGAUUUUUGACGUACUGAUCCCAUGGCAUAGUGUUUAUGAACUGAUACGCAAAACAACGCCGGAUUCAAAUUUUCGAAUUUUUCAAUUUAAAUUAUUAUAUAAAAUUCUUGCUACCAAUAGAAUGUUAUUUAUAUGGGGUAUGUACAGUGGGGAAAAAAGUAUUUAGUCAGCCACCAAUUGUGCAAGUUCUCCCACUUAAAAAGAUGAGAGAGGCCUGUAAUUUUCAUCAUAGGUACACGUCAACUUGGACAGACAAAUUGAAUUUUCUCCAAAAAAUCACAUUGUAGGAUUUUUUAUGAAUUUAUUUGCAAAUUAUGGUGGAAAAUAAGUAUUUGGUCACCUACAAACAAGCAAGAUUUCUGGCUCUCACAGACCUGUAACUUCUUCUUUAAGAGGCUCCUCUGUCCUCCACUCGUUACCUGUAUUAAUGGCACCUGUUUGAACUUGUUAUCUGUAUAAAAGACACCUGUCCACAACCUCAAACAGUCACACUCCAAACUCCACUAUGGCCAAGACCAAAGAGCUGCCAAAGGACACCAGAAACAAAAUUGUAGACCUGCACCAGGCUGGGAAGACUGAAUCUGCAAUAGGUAAGCAGCUUGGUUUGAAGAAAUCAACUGUGGGAGCAAUUAUUAGGAAAUGGAAGACAUACAAGACCACUGAUAAUCUCCCUUGAUCUGGGGCUCCACGCAAGAUCUCACCCCGUGGGGUCAAAAUGAUCACAAGAACGGUGAGCAAAAAUCCCAGAACCACACGGGGGGACCUAGUGAAUGACCUGCAGAGAGCUGGGACCAAAGUAACAAAGCCUACCAUCAGUAACACACUACGCCGCCAGGGACUCAAAUCCUGCAGUGCCAGACGUGUCCCCCUGCUUAAGCCAGUACAUGUCCAGGCCCGUCUGAAGUUUGCUAGAGUGCAUUUGGAUGAUCCAGAAGAGGAUUGGGAGAAUUUCAUAUGGUCAAAUGAAACCAAAAUAUAACUUUUUGGUAAAAACUCAACUCGUCGUGUUUGGAGGACAAAGAAUGCUGAGUUGCAUCCAAAGAACAUCAUACCUACUCUGAAGCAUGGGGGUGGAAACAUCAUGCUUUGGGGCUGUUUUUCUGCAAAGGGACCAGGACGACUGAUCCGUGUAAAGGAAAGAAUGAAUGGGGCCAUGUAUCGUGAGAUUUUGAGUGAAAACCUCCUUCCAUCAGCAAGGGCAUUGAAGAUGAAAUGUGGCUGGGUCUUUCAGCAUGACAAUGAUCCCAAACACACCGCCCGGGCAACGAAGGAGUGGCUUCGUAAGAAGCAUUUCAAGGUCCUGGAGUGGCCUAGCCAGUCUCCAGAUCUCAACCCCAUCGAAAAUCUUUGGAGGGAGUUGAAAGUCCGUGUUGCCCAGCGACAGCCCCAAAACAUCACUGCUCUAGAGGAGAUCUGCAUGGAGGAAUGGGCCAAAAUACCAGCAACAGUGUGUGAAAACCUUGUGAAGACUUACAGAAAACGUUUGACCUGUGUCAUUGCCAACAAAGGGUAUAUAACAAAGUAUUGAGAAACUUUUGUUAUUGACCAAAUAUUUAUUUUCCACCAUAAUUUACAAAUAAAUUCAUUAAAAAUCCUACAAUGUGAUUUUCUGGAUUUGUUUUUCUCAUUUUGUCUGUCAUAGUUGACGUGUACCUAUGAUGAAAAUUACAGGCCUCUCUCAUCUUUUUAAGUGGGAGAACUUGCACAAUUGGUGGCUGACUAAAUACUUUUCCCCCCCCACUGUAUGUACAAUCUUCCCAGCUCUGCAGAUUUUGCUGCGAAGAGACAGAGUCAUUAGAUCAUUUGUUUUGGUACUGUCCAUUUGUAGCUUGUAGCCAUAGCUUCACGCUUCCUGGUCUUAGAUUCAAAGUUCUAACCAUUCUAAACGUUCAGUCGCCACCGUCACGUUUUCUGGUCUGUAGAGUGCCAACCAUUUUAAGCCAUGGAGCCACAGCUUCACGCGUCCUGGUCUGAAGGUUGAUUUGUUUUUCAAGGCUUUUUAUGCCCUCUGUGUAAAAGAGGCGUUCCAUUGUGAUGACACUAUCUCUGAUGUCACUCAGGGCGUGGCUAGUCACUGUGUAUAGUUUAUAUGAAAAACGAUUUUCUCAUUAGAAGACUAAAAUCACAUUCCUACCUUCACCAAAAUACUCUUGUACUUAAUCAUAUAUUUUAUACAACAUUUAGAUGUAAACUUGAUAGAUAGAAUAUGUACACUUUCCGAGUUAGUUAUUUAUUGAUGCCAUCCUUAAUGACAUCACAAAAUAAUUAUUAUUUAGAUCCCCACCGACCAUUCCAAACAUUUGGAUCUCAACAACAAUGUUCCAAUGUCCAAUCUUUUGAUGUUAGAGUUUUUAGGCGGCAAGAGUCUCUCUGUAACGAAGAGAUUUCUUUCUUACCAUACUAGAGAGCCAGAGGGAGAGUUUCUGCAAACUAUUUAUGACCGGCUGUUAAGUCAUGAAAUGUAUGUGAUCCCCAGUGGGAAUUGAACCCACAACCCUGGUGUUGCUAUUGCCAUGCUCUGACAUACAGUACACCAACCAGAAUGUGCUCUCUCUCCACAGAUGGUGUUAUACUUUGUGAUGGACAUGCUGCAGGGUCUACCUGGCCUGUCUGGACUGUUUGUCUGCUGCCUGUUUAGUGCAGCUCUCAGGCAUGUCAAUCAGUCAAUCAAUCAAUAUUUCUAACACUCUUUUUCCAACACUUGUGACAAAGGGCUUUACAGUAACCCAGCCUAGCCCUCCAGAACAAGCAGAAUCACAGUAUCAGAAGGGUGGUUUGGUGUUGUGGCUGAGUUUUAUGUCUGUCUCCACAGCACCAUCUCAUCAGCCUUUAACUCUCUGGCCACAGUGACCAUGGAGGACCUGAUCAAACCACACUGCCCCUCCAUGACAGAGGCCAGGUCCACCCUGCUCUCCAAGGGACUGGGUACAUUGAAAUAUCCUGUGCCCUGUCCAUAGCCCCUACCCUCCAGCCCUUAGGGCCCUAGCCACUUCAUGUAGAUCAGAUCAAGUGGCUAGGGGCUAGUGGUUGUGUAGAUCAGAUCAAGUCUAGGGGUUAGGCCCUAGGAAGUAGGGGCUAUGGGUUGUUUCUGAACGGGCCCUGCUUACUGUUUACUGUAUCUGUUAACUUCUUUUUAAGUUCAACAUCAUCCAUUCCUCACUUUACCUGUGAGAGCAUGCUUUCUAAGACAAUACAGCACUCGUAUCAUUCUAAAGAGUAACAUUUACUUUUUCUGUUUCUGAACUAGCAUGUUCAUAUGGACUGCUGUGCCUGGCUAUGGCCUAUCUAACCCACUUGAUGAGUGAUUCCGUUUUGCAGGUAAGCACACAAUUGGAUAUGUAAGGGCUAAACUUCGACGUUCUGUACAUUAUUUUGGAAAUAAUUGAUGACGCAUCCGCCUCGUCCGUUUGCGGAGUUCUGUCCGAUUCUGACAUGUUUGUUUAUUUCAAUUCAAGGCUGCUUUCAAAAUAUUUGGAAUGGUUGGUGGUCCUCUUCUGGGCGUCUUCUGUCUCGGGUUGUUCUUCCCUUGGGCUAACUCUACCGUAAGUACUCAAUGUAUACAGGGAGUGCAUACAUUUUUUGUAUGUGAAUGUGAUUCCUGCGGGAAUCAAACCUAGCGUCACGCUCUUACCAACUGAACCACAUAGAACCCAGUAGAAUGCAUUUCUGUGCCUCUGCUUUUGUUUUCCUUGCUAGGCCGGGUUACUGUAAAACCACUUGGUGAACACUUCUGGAGUAAAAAGGGCUUAAUAAACUCAGCAAAAAAAGAAACGUCCCUUUUUCAGGACCCUGUCUUUCAAAGAUAAUUCGUAAAAAUCCAAAUAACUUCACAGAUCUUCAUUGUAAAGGGUUUAAACACUGUUUCCCAUGCUUGUUCAAUGAACCAUAAACAAUUAAUGAACAUGCACCUGUGGAACGGUUGUUAAGACACUUAGAGCUUACAGACGGUAGGCAAUUAAGGUCACAGUUAUGAAAACAAAAGAAAGAUGCCCAAGGUCCCUGCUCAUCUGCGUGAACGUGCCUUAGGCAUGCUGCAAGGAGGCAUGAGGACUGCAGAUGUGGCCAGGGCAAUAAAUUGCAAUGUCCGUACUGUGAGACGCCUAAGACAGCGCUAAAGGGAGACAGGACGGAAAGCUGAUCGUCCUCGCAGUGGCAGACCACGUGUAACAACACCUGCACAGGAUCGGUACAUCCGAACAUCACACCUGCGGGACAGGUACACGAUGGCAACAACAACUGCCCGAGUUACACCAGGAACGCACAAUCCCUCCAUCAGUGCUCAGACUGUCCUCAAUAGGCUGAGAGAGGCUGGACUGAGGGCUUGUAGGCCUGUUGUAAGGCAGGUCCUCACCAGACAUCACCGGCAACAACAUCGCCUAUGGGCACAAACCCACCGUCGCUGGACCAGACAGGACUGGCAAAAAGUGCUCUUCACUGAUGAGUCGCAGUUUUGUCUCACCGGGGUGAUGGUCGGAUACACCAAGGCCUGUACUCUGGAGCGGGAUCGAUUUGGAGGUGGAGGUUCCGUCAUGGUCUGGGGCGGUGUGUCACAGCGUCAUCGGACUGAGCUUGUUGUCAUUGCAGGCAAUCUCAACGCUGUGCGUUACAGGGAAGACAUCCUCCUCCCUCAUGUGGUACCCUUCCUGCAGGCUCAUCCUGACAUGACCCUCCAGCAUGACAAUGCCACCAGCCAUACUGCUCGUUCUGUGUGUGAUUUCCUGCAAGACAGGAAUGUCAGUGUUCUGCCAUGGCCAACGAAGAGCCCGGAUCUCAAUCCCAUUGAGCACGUCUGGGACCUGUUUGAUCGGAGGGUGAGGGCUGGGGCCAUUCCCCCCAGACAUGUCCGGGAACUUGCAGGUGCCUUGGUGGAAGAGUGGGGUAAAAUCUCACAGCAAGAACUGGCUAAUCUGGUGCAGUCCAUGAGGAGGAGAUGCACUGCAGUACUUAAUGCAGCUGGUGGCCACACCAGAUACUGACUGUUACUUUUGAUUUUGACCCCCCCCCCCACCUUUGUUCAGGCACACAUUAUUCCAUUUCUGUUAGUCACAUGUCUGUGGAACUUGUUCAGUUUAUGUCUCAGUUGUUGAAUCUUGUUAUGUUCAUACAAAUAUUUACACGUUAAGUUUGCUGAAAAUAAACGCAGUUGACAGUGAGACGUUUCUUUUUUUGCUGAGUUUAUAUACAUUUGAUUGGACGUUUCUCCAGGGUGCCCUGGUAGGGUUGGGGUCAGGCCUGGUGAUGGCCUUCUGGGUGGGCAUCGGGAGCAUCGUAACCCGUACCUCUGGGGGUCCUGCUGCUGUGUCUCAGUUCAACUGUACUGUUGUACAACUCUCAGGGAACAUCACCACAGCCAUGGGGACUGCACUCAUCAGUACUGCUAUGCCCACCGCUACACCCAGGUAAGAAACAAAGAACAACCGAGCCAAUACUGUAACUAUUCAUCCAUCGAAACUGAAAUUGGUAUUUUUGAGGUCUGUUUGUAUUUAAUUCCCAAUCAGAAAAUAUUCCAAUUAGUUUACUCAUAGAUGCAAAUUUGUGAAUACAUUUAGUGAUUUUUACAAUAACGGUGUCUUUCAAUUUUUCUUUAGCCGACUAAUGGGUCUGCAGAGAUUCUACUCCUUGUCCUUCAUGUGGUACAGUGCUCUCAACUCCUUCACUGUGGUGAUCACAGGGUUGAUCGUUAGCUUUCUCACAGGUAGAAAUUUACAUUUUAGUCAUUUAGCAGUCACUCUUACCCAGAGCAACUUACAAUCAGUAUACAUUCAACUAAAGCAAAACAUGCACUCAGAUCGCUCAAACUUCCACAGAUGAUCCUACAGAAACAAGUGAAGUGAAUCUAAUUGGUUGGCUUUUAUCUUUAAUUUAAGGACCAAUGAAAGCGGAGGAGGUGACCCCAGGCACUCUGUAUCCCCUGUUGGGCAACAUGCUGUUCUUUGUACCAGAUAAACUCAAACAGAAGCUUUGCUGCGUCACCCCACUGGGGCACAGGGUAAGACAACAGAGCACACUCACAGUUCAGGGUUGUGUUCAUUUGUGCAAAACACAGCAAAACGUUUUGCAACAAAAACAAGCAUUUAUUAUUGGACACCAUAGUCUCCAGGGCUGCAUUCAGCAGGGCACAACAUUGUGGAAUGUUCAGAUAUAAAUAUGUUAUGUAGAACAAACAUGUAUAUCUCUUAAAUGUAGAAUAAGGAAUCAGUUCCAUCCAUGACAUUUCUAUUGGCAACAUUCCACAAUGUUUGCUUCCUAAAUGUGCCGAUGAUGCAUUCCUAUUGCACACCACUAAAGGGGGCCCUGCUCACAUACUCAGGAUCAAAUUCAAUCAUUGAUUGCAGAUAGUAAGAAUUCCACACUGCACUUUCAGGAAGUGUGGAAAGCAGCUUGUAAAUCACACACUUUUGAAAGUGCAUUGUGGGAAAACCCACCUUCUUCAAUGAUUGAACUCUGGCUUCAGUAAAAAUCUGUAAUAUUGUUUUGUCACGUUAUGGCUAGCAACAGUGUUUUGGGUCUGUGUGAGGGUCAUUUUAACAAAGCUAUGUGCUAUCGUAUCAAGGUUACAAAACAUUGUCCAUUAUCUUAUCUCAAGGUGAGUUUUUUUAUUUAAUUUUUUAUGUGUAGCCAACCAUCCAGGAAUGUCCACCUGUGCAACACGAGAGCAAUGGUCAGGCCGUCCACACAGAGGAGGGCUCAGUAGAAGAGGAGGAGAGGCAGAGCUUUCUUCUUACCUCCCACACACCUGUUGUGGAACGUGAGACAACUCUGUGAUGGACAGAGACACUUCUAUAACCACGUUAUAUCAUGGUCCUCGGGGCAGUUAAAUGGUCCACACACUGUAUCAUGUCAAAGAGUGUUUUUCACAGAGGACAUGUUCUGUUCUGAGGAGAUGAUGCUCUGAGAGGAGAAGUGUUGUUGGGAGUGACUCUUAUUUUGCUCCAGGGCUGCUGUACCACUAUGACUGACCCUGUAAAACAACACAUUU